AUGACGUUGACCGUCCUGUCAAACGACGUGCGAAGAAAGCGUGUCAACCGUGCCGAGCAAGAAAAGUUCGCUUGUCGAAGUGACAUAAACAAGAAACGUUCCGCUAAGAGAGACCGCGCGGAUCGCCCUGAACAACUGACUGGCCAAGAAUUUACCAGUCCCAAGACCGCUGCCACUGUCGAUGGCGCGGGCCCUGAGCUCUCGCGCAAGUCUGAAGCGCCAGAAGAUGCAAUUCCUGUCUGCCUGACCUUCGAUAAUCACCCUUGCGCGUCGACCACUGCGGAGCAGGAGGAGUGCGAAGGCUAUGAAGGCUUGUCGAUACGGCAACCUCUAGAGUCAGCUUCUGCUCCGACUUUGGUUUCAACUGUCACGUCGACCCCGUUAUCAUCGCCAAGUAUUUGCUUCCCUGCAUACAUCAAGCCAUUGCCCGAUAGCUUGGAGCUCCAAGAUCUAAACUACCUUCGCAGCAAGGGCGCAUUCGAUCUCCCAGAAGAAAACCUUCGGAUUGAGAUUCUAAGAUCAUACAUGUUGGGGGUGCAUGUCUUCAUGCCAAUCUUGAACUUGAGGGAAACGUUGCAGACAAUUGCAGCCAACGAUGGGCAAAAGCGGAUCAGUUUGCUAUUGUUUCAGGCGAUAAUGUUCGCAGGGGUGGCGCAUCUUCCUGAUGAUAGUGUUCACGACACAGGUUUUGUAACGCUCAAAGAAGCCCGCAAGGAGUAUUUCACAAGGGUACGACUGUUACACGACCUUGACAUUGAACAGGACGAUCUUGCCGUUCUACAGACCUUGCUUCUCAUGAGUUUUGAAUACGAGAAGUGGGAUAAACGCCGACACACAUGGUACUGGUCCGGGCUUGCCUUGUCGCAGGCUCAAAGUAUGGCAUUAAAUUCCAGCUCAAGCGCCCCCUCCUUGCCGCCAGAGACUCAGAUGCUACAUCGCAGACUGUGGUGGAGCCUUUACAUUCGCGAUCGAUUGAUAGGCCUUGGACUUCGUCGUCCAAUGCGAAUCAAGGACAGCGACUUCGACGUUAAGCCGCUAGACAUGCAUGCGUUCGACACGAGCGCGUUCAAGAUCGACUUCACUACCUCCGCCGGUCAAGUAUAUAUUCAGCAGGACUCAAAUCUUGCACACCUGUGCGCACUCUGUUGCAUCGAACUUGCCAAGUUAUGCGUCUGCAUAGGCCACAUCCUGUCGACGCAAUACACGGUACUCGGGCAGCGCACAGAGAUGACAAAAUCGAUGAUUGUUGCGCCACGUCCUCUGGAAGAACGCCUCAGUAGUCUGUCAAGGUGUGACGAAGAACUGCGGACCUGGUACGAGGUCCUCGAGCCUCAGCUGAGACCGUUUGCGCUGAGUCGUGGAAGUGACAUUUCCAAAGCGUGCAGUGAGGUCCACUGGCCAAUAUUGCACAUGAUCUACAGAACUGCCAUUGUUGUGCUUCAUCGUCCGCACAUGUUGCAACGGCAGGUUGGGCAAAUCAAAGAUGCUGCAGGGCAGGCCCUGUCGCGUGAAAAGGUCAAGGCAGCGGCUUGCACUCUGACGCGGAUCACUCAGACCAUAUAUCAACAAGGCCACUUUCAUCUGUUACCAACGAGUGCAGUAUCGGCUCUUCUGGCUGCGAGUCUGGCCCAUUUGUCUACCCUGAAGUCGAGUGACGAAGAUGCCAGGGACGCAAGUGCUUAUCGCUUCUGUCAGUCUUCACAGCUACUUCAAGAGUUGCGAAAUACAUAUGCCUCGGCGGACUCUGCAGUCGCAUUCCUUGGAAUGACGGUGCGCAAGGCUGGCUUGAGUCUGCUGAUGCCUCUGUCUCAACUAAGAUCCUAUCAUUUGGCUUCCUCGCCUCGGAAGGAACGAGCUGCAAGGAAAGCGCAUCUGAGACACGAGCGACUUCCCUCAUUACCUUUAUCCGCUGGAUCAGAUCUCAAUCCAGUCAUCAUGUCCGGACAUAUGUCAGCAGAAAGUUCGUCCAACAUCAGUGGGACGCAAACCGGCUGCAUCAACUCAGACAUGGCAGCCGUUCCACCAGCUCUGACUCGCACGUCGAGCCCCAUUACCAUCAGUCAGCUCGACAGUUCCCUCCAGCACACAUUUUCCACUUGGGUCGACGACGACCCAAGCUUCGGGUUCGAUGAGACGUUGUCGAUGUUGGAAACGUCGGCACCGAGACAUUGCACUUUUCAUUACGAUGCAGACCCCUUCCCGCCCUGGGAGCCAACGUAA